GUUUAGUUUGCUUACGACAACAUGGCCAGCAGGAGGGGAAUUGCCUUCGCCGCUCUGGGCGUCAUCUUGAUCGCCUCCACUCAGGCCACUUCCCAAUUCAGCCGAGACGAGAGCCAGGAGGAUCAGAAAACAGAGUUCAACCUGGCCUCCACUCUAACGGGCGGCAUCAGCAGCAGUCGCCAUCGUCAGCGGGCCAACCUCAAUUCCCAAUCGUAUCCCGCAUUGGCUCAGCUGGGAGGGGGUUACACGGGUGCCAGUGGUGCCGCCAGUGGUGGAGACAUUGAUGCUGCGCAUGGACACGAGCAGGGUGGCCUGGGGGUGAGGCUGGGCAGUACGAAUACCGUUGUUUUUCCUGGCAGUUCAUCACCGAACCCGUCCAUUUCGGGAGGACAACAGGUACCGGCAUAUCCGCCCCCAGGAUUUCCUGCUCAGCAAGCUCCGGUUCCUUAUCCCGCUGGAGGUGGCUCCGCGCCAGGAUACCCAACUGCAGGAGGCUUACCACCGUUUCAUUAUCCUAGUGGAGGGCAAGCUCAGCAGCCAGUAGUACAUUCACAAGUUCCAGGAUACUAUCCUUAUGGAAGCACAUACUUGCCAAUGUACCCAGGCUAUCCCCAGCAAGCUCAGUUUCCAGCAUACGGGGUAACUCCUGGUGCAGCUGUUCACCCUGGAGUCGCUGGAGUUCCGGGAGUUGCAGGAGUCGCUGGAGUUCCGGGCGUCGCUGGAGUUCCAGGAAUUGCAGGAGUCCCGGGGGUCGCUGGAGUUCCAGGAGUCGCUGGCUAUCCAGGAAUCGCUGGCGUUCAUGGCCCGGGAACAAGCACUCAGAACCAUUACCGCUAUCCCGACCACAAUCCAGCGGGACCCAACCAUUGGGACCACCACUUCACUAUGAACACCGAAUACAAGGAGGAUGGAGUCCACAAAGGAGCCUUCGGAACGCUGAACAACCACAAUGCCUUCGGCUACGGCAGUGGCUAUGGAGGCGGCUAUAACGGUGCCUUUAAUUCGCCGGCCUACUGAGGUUGGAAUGGAUUACAACAAGUGGGUGCUGAUGGGUGAUGGGUUUUUUGGGGUGUGCAGAAACCCGAGACGUAGUCAUAAGUUGGCGGACGCCCCUUUGCCCAAGGGCAGCUGUUUCUGCAUAUAUGUACAUAUAUAUCUGUCACUGCGAGUCCUUCAGAAAUAAACUUGAUUCCUGCACACACCCAA